ACCUCCCACCCCAUCUACAACUUCACAACUAUUUCGGACAGCUCGACCGCGCGCAACGGCAGGAGGGCUGGUGCGUCUUUAAACCGCUGCCGGCGGCUUAGUCACAGCCCCUCGUUUGGGUGUGUCCUCCCCUCGCUCCCUCCCUCUUAGGUCACUCUUUCAACCCUUGAAUAAAAACUACUGCCAACUUCCGAGGCGGCCUCAUUGCCCAGCGGCCCCCAGCCUCGGACAGGUCCGGUCCGUCUUCCUGUCCCCGUUCUCUCGUGUCCCCGCGCAUCGGGACCCUCCAGCUUCACUCCCUUGCGCUCCAGGUUCGCUGACACCAUGGACAAGUUCUGGAGGUGCACAGCCUGGGGAUUCUGCCUGCUUCAUUUGAGCCUGGCCCAAACGAUCGAUUUGAACAUCACAUGCCGCUAUGCAGGCGUUUUCCACGUGGAGAAAAACGGACGCUACAGCAUCUCCCGGACGGAGGCAGCUGACCUCUGCAAAGCGUUCAACAGCACCCUGCCCACCAUGGCCCAGAUGGUGCGAGCUCUCAACAAGGGGUUUGAGACCUGCAGGUACGGGUUCAUAGAAGGGCAUGUGGUGAUCCCUCGGAUCCAUCCCAACUCCAUCUGUGCCGCCAACAACACCGGAGUGUACAUCCUUACGUCCAACACCUCGCACUAUGACACGUACUGCUUCAACGCGUCAGCUCCUCUUGAUGAAGAAGAUUGUGCAUCAGUCACAGACCUGCCCAAUUCCUUUGAAGGCCCGGUCACCAUAAAUAUAGUCAACCGUGAUGGCACCCGCUACAGCAAGAAAGGAGAAUACAGAACACACCCAGAAGACAUCAACUCUACCAAUAUUAUCGAUGAUGAUGUGAGCAGUGGGUACCCUGGUGAAAGGAGCACUUCAGGAGGGUACAGCAUCUUCCACACCCACCUUCCAACUGCACACCCGACCUCUGAUCAGGCAAACACCGAGGUCUACGGAAGUACCAGUAAGGAGUCUGAAACAGCUUUGAUGGGCACGAGCGGUGCAACUCUCAAAACCACAACCAAGAGGCAAGAAACCCAGGACUGGUUUUCAUGGUUGUUUCAACCAUCAGAGCCUAAGAGUCAUCUUCACACCACAUCAGAAAUGGCUGGUACGGAUUCAAAUACCGUGUCAACAGGCUGGGAGCCCAGUGAAGAAAAUGAGGAGGACAGAGACAAACACCUCAGUUUUUCUGGAUCAGGCAUUGAUGAUGAUGAAGAUUUUAUCUCCAGUACCAUUUCAACCACUCCACAAGUUUCUGAACACACAAAACAGUACCAGGAUUGGAGCCAGUGGAAGCCAAGCCAUUCCAACACGGAAGCACUGCUUGAGACAACCACAAGGAUGACUGAUGUAGACAGAAAUGGUACCAGUGUUAAUGGAGAAAACUGGACCCAGGACGGACAGCCUCCUUUCAUCCACAAUGGGCAUCAGGAUGAAGAGGAGACCCCACAUCCUUCAAGCACAACCUGGGCAGCUCCUAGUAGCACAACAGAAGAAACAGCAGCUACCCAGAAAGAGCAGUGGUUUGAGAAUGGAUGGCAUGGGGAAUAUCCCCAAACACCAAGAGAAGACUCUGAUUCAACAGCAGGGACAAUUGCCCCCAACAGCCAUUCAAGUCAAAGAGUGACAACCCAGAGUCAAGAGGACAUUUCCUGGACUGAGUUCUUCGACCCAAUCUCACAUCCAAUGGGAAGAGGUCAUCAGACAGAGAAAAUGAUGGAUGUGGACAGCGGUCCUAGUACACCAGUUCAGCCCACUGCAGAGCCAGUCACAGAUUUGGUGGACGAUUUGGACAGAACAAGACCUCUGUCAGUGACGACUCAGCAGAGUGAUUCUCAGAGCUUCUCUACAUCACAUGGAGAACUGGAAGAAGAUCAAGACCAUCCAACAACUUCUCCUCUGACAUCUGGCAACAGACAUCCUUCCAGAGGGGGCAGAAGAGGUGGAAAUCUUCCUGAAGACUCAGCUACAUCACUGGAAGGUUAUACCCCUCAGUACCCAGACACAAAAGAAAACGGGACCCUCAUCCCAGUGACCCCUGCUAAUACUGGGGGCCUUGGAGAAACUGAAGUUACUGUUGUUGGAGAGCAUAACUCUGAUGUUGAUCACCCCUUACCAGGAGACCGAGAGUCAUCCAUGGACCCCAACGAGCAUGCUCAUACCACUAGUGGUUCUAAGUCUGAUGGACACGCAAGUGGGACUCAAGGUGGGGCCAACACAACCUCUGCUCCUAUCAGGAGACCCCAAAUUCCAGAAUGGCUCAUCAUCUUGGCAUCCCUCUUGGCCCUGGCUUUGAUUCUUGCCGUCUGCAUCGCUGUCAACAGCCGGAGAAGGUGUGGACAGAAGAAGAAGCUGGUGAUCAACAAUGGUAAUGGAAAAGUGGAGGACAGAAAGCCGAGUGGAAUCAACGGGGAGGCCAGCAAGUCUCAGGAAAUGGUACAUUUGGUGAAUAAGGAACCGUCAGAGACCCCAGACCAGUUUAUGACAGCUGAUGAGACACGGAACCUGCAAAACGUGGACAUGAAAAUCGGGGUGUGAGAUCUCCACCAUUAUCUUGGAAAAAAAUAACCACAGUUGCGAUACGACCAUUACAGGGAGCUGGGACUGAACAGAUGCAAUGUGCUACUGAUUGUUUUAUUGGGGAUCAUUUUUUUAGCAUAAAAUUUUCUACUCCUUUUUGUUUUUGUGUUUUUUUUUAAAUUUUAAAGUCAGGUCCAGUUGAUAAAAACAGCAUUGCUUUCUGCAAGGAGAACCCAACUAAUAAUCGGAAAGAAUUUGAUAGUUCCAGUUUCCACCUAGAGGUCUUUUAUCCCCUGGGUUUGGUAUGCUAUGGAUGGCUUCUAAAUGUCACAAGUACAUGUUCUUGGUACUCAAACCGCCACACCCCACCUGCCCGGUAAUGGCUCAUUCUCUGAAGCCAGGAAGGAUUGUUUUCUGGGAGGAAAUUUGAAUGGGUCCAUGUUCCCUCUCCAGAGCCUAAUCCUAGGUCAUUGGUCUCCACUUGGGUAGGGGCUUGGGGUGUACUCAUUGUACAUCCCCUUUUGCAGGCUCCCUGGAAAUUGUUAAGUUUCCCAAAGGGUGCAGCUAUUUAUCUGUAGUAAGCUAUUUAUGUGUAUUUUUGAAAUAUUAAACCCAGAAGGUCCUUUGAGCAGUAUGAUUCUUUUCCAGCCUUCUUUGUCAGAGGAAUAAAAGGGUUUAAGCUAAUUCACAAUAAACAUCUGUACUUUUUCCAUUUUAACCCCUUGUGCUGUGAUCCUUCACUUCCCAAAAUGCAAGGUCCAAGUCUCUAUAGCUCUCCAGGAAGAUCCAAGAAUGGUUCUCCUUAAGCUCAUUCAUCUCAUAGCCCCUUUGCCCCCACUCUGCUAACCUGCCCAGAAGACCAAGGAGGAUUGUGCUAUUUCAUUUCCAAGGAUGGCCAAAGGCUUUCUCUCCUCUUCUGGAAUCAAAGUUGUAAGCACAAGACCUUCUGCCAUUUUUGUGUGUUUUCCUGGCUGCUUUUCUCUCCCCUGAGGGCUUUGAAAAGUCACAGUUAACUUGCAUGACCCUUCAUUUAUGGAGUCCCAUUUUACAGAUGCUGAUUCUCGUAGUGAUUUCCAAAACGCGAUAUGGAAGUGCCUUGGACAUCUUGUAAUACAAAGAGAGGCAACAGAAAUAAAAAAGCAGUCUGGGGCCAACUGAUUGGCAUAGACUGGUGAGGUGGAAGGCUGUGUAAAUCCUGCUUGACUAUUUUUAUGUCUGUAUUUGUUUAUACUUUCACAUGCCAGUUGUCUGUCUGCAGUUAGCCCUCCAGAUGAGUUAAGCAUGUGGGGAAUCCCAAGGUUCAAGGCUUCCCACCAUUAGAAAUAUUAUCACAACUUGAGCACAUUUAUGGCAAAGGGAGUGAAUAACAGCUUUUUCCUCUGACCUUAUCUUUCUCCCCUCUUGACAAGUUGUCUGUGACAUCUCUUCAUCAGUCAGGGUGGUCCCCUUGGUCCUGGAACUCCCCAAAACUGCUUAUGAUCAUAGAGCUUGAGACUAUAUAGUAAGAGGCUCUAUCGGCUGGGAUCUGAUUUUUUCCUCCCACAUCCAGAAAAGCCACUUGUUGCCUAAACUGAUAUCCUCAAUUGCGGGUAUAACUUAAAUAAUGAAAAGGAAGAAAAAGCUCAUCUAGACCAAUGCGGGUAUGGCACAGAGUCAACCCCAAGGAUAUAUCUAAAGAGAGGCUCAAGCCUUUCAUGCUCAUUUCAAACCUCUGGUCCUUCCACUGCCUUACGCCUGCUCACUUUCUCCACCCCUGCUGUGAUCUUUAACAAACUCCUUUCUCUUCUUCUGUGAAUAUUAUUGACCAGCUCUAUUGUCAACUGCUAGGUUUCCUUUUCCCUUGUCCUUUCUAAGUUGAAAAAAAA